AUGGGUGAUUUCAGAGUUCCGAAGCGUAGAUUUAAGCGUGGAAUACCUGAAGACCGGAUUAGUCUACUUCCAGUAAAUAUCUUGACUCGUAUUUUAUCGUUUCUCACAUUCAAAGAAGCUGGCAGAACCAGCGUUUUGUCGAAAAGAUGGAAGAAUGCCUGGACUGAGCUUGAUUUUGAUGCAUUACCCGCGUUACGCGCGAUGGCGGCAAGGGGCGAGGUUUACAGUGUGGGACUCAAAAGGGAAAGGUCCAAGUUUAUUAACUGGGUAAACAAUGUGCUCGAGUCCCACCAGGCGUUGGAGUUGAGUAGGUUCCGCAUUUAUAUGGAUAUGGAUAAUUCUUUUGAGGAGUAUUUGGACGAGUGGAUUGAAUAUGCCUUUGAUCGGAAUGUGCAAAGGCUGGAAUUGAACCUGUCUCGGCAUGGCAGUGGUGGAUUCCUCGGCUAUUAUGAUUUCCCUUAUUAUCAAAUUAACCACAGAAGCUGGAAUUCUCUUAAAGUCAUGAUUUUGAGGAGUGUCAAUAUCGCUGGUAUCCAUCUCCAGUACUUUACAUGGCGCUGCAGGUUUCUUGAAACUUUGGUUGUGCACGACUCUGAGGGAUUGACUAGUUUGGAAGUUCACGGCCCGUCGAUUGCAUUGCAACACUUGGAAAUUCUCUACUGUCCCCUGAAAUCCCUGAUCAUAAGCAAUGCAACUAAUCUGGUGUCGCUUAAGAUUGAGAAAUCAGAUGCAGUAGUGGUUAAAAAUGUUCCGAAACUUGUUGAUCUUCAGUUUUUUGGUUGUCCUUACAAUCUCAGGGAAGUUAUUCAGGACCGGUUCUCCUGCUGCUUUUCGAAACUGGAGUCCCUUUCCUUAGAUUUGGUUCCUUUAAGGGUUGAAGAGUUUGAAAGAAGCCUUCCUCAGCUGUCUGCGUUGAAGCAUUUGUCCAUAUCACUCUCUCUUCCAGCCCGCAAAAACAAUGAGAAGAAGCGCUUUCCUGAUCUUGCUUUCUUCUUUAAGGCAGCACCAGACCUGGAGAAAUUUGUAAUAAGGUUGGAAUACCCGGCGGCCGCAGAAGUGAUUGAGAGCAGAAGGCAGUACUGGGAGAAUGUUGUUGCAAACAAUAACGUCCGGCAUCUUAAAGUGGUCGAGAUUCAAGGGUAUCGCGGAUGCACAAUUGAAUUGGAGCUUGCCAAGUACUUCCUAAAAAAUGCAGUUUCCCUCGAGAAGUUAAUUGUAGAUCCGCGUUAUCAAUACAUGCUUCGUGUAGGAGAACCUUGGUUGGAUGGGCCAGAUAUACGUGGAUUAGAAGAUGCGAUAACAAGUGAUGGGAGAAGGAGGGGUAAAACAGAUGAGUUUGGAGAAAGCCUUCCUCAGCUGCCUGCAUUGAAGCACUUGUCCCUAAUGCCUUAUCGCCUCAAGUUCCGCUUGCCUGAACUUGGUUUCUUCUUUAAGGCAGCACCAAACCUGGAGAAGUUUGUCAUAAAUCUGAAAGAUCCCAACCCCUACAUGAUUGUGAGCGGAUGGCAAUGGGAGAGUGCUGUAGAUUACAACGUCCAACAUCUUAAAGUGGUGGAGAUACAGGGGUAUGCCGGCCGUACAAUUGAUUUGGAGCUUGCCAAGUAUUUCCUGAAAAAUGCAGUUUCCCUUGAGAAGUUGAUUGUUGAUCCUUAUGAAAACAUGCUUCGUGUCAAAGAACCUUGGUACGGACAUGGAUAUGUACUCUAUCGAGAAGAUGAUGCGAUGCCACAGCAUAGGAGAAGGCUAAUGAGAGGAGGACAUCUCGGAGUCGGCCUCUCGAUUUUUCCGGCCAUUUUUCUCUUGUUUCUGACCACCAACGCCUAUGGACACGUCGGCGAAUUCGCCGGUGACUAUUCCAAGCUCUCUGGUAUUAUCAUCCCUGGCUUCGCUUCCACUCAGCUCAGAGCCUGGUCAAUUCUGGACUGCCCUUACUCUCCCCUCGAUUUCAACCCUCUCGAUUUGGUCUGGCUCGACACUACCAAAGUUCUUUCGGCUGUUAAUUGUUGGCUUAAGUGCAUGUUACUCGAUCCUUAUAACCAAACUGAUCAUGCUGAAUGCAAGUCCCGACCAGAUAGUGGUCUUUCUGCCAUUACAGAGCUUGAUCCUGGUUACAUUACGGGUCCUCUCUCGUCAGUGUGGAAAGAAUGGCUAAAAUGGUGCAUUGAGUUUGGUAUUGAGGCUAAUGCCAUUAUUGCAGUUCCAUAUGACUGGAGGUUACCCCCAUCAAAGCUGGAAGAGAGGGAUCUUUACUUCCACAAGCUAAAGCUAACUUUUGAAACUGCUUUGAAACUUCGAGGGGGACCUUCUUUGGUUUUUGCUCAUUCACUUGGGAACAAUGUGUUCAGAUACUUCUUGGAAUGGCUCAAACUGGAGAUUGCUCCCAAGAAGUAUGUUCAAUGGUUAGAUGAUCACAUUCACGCCUAUUUUGCUGUUGGAGCUCCCCUUCUAGGUGCAACUGAGACAAUUAAAGCUUCUUUGUCGGGAUUUACCUUUGGUCUUCCUGUCUCUGAGGGAACAGCUCGAUUGAUGUUCAAUUCAUUUGGCUCUUCACUGUGGAUGAUGCCAUUUUCAAAAUAUUGUAGAACAGAUAGCACGUACUGGAAGCAUUUCUCCACUGGGCGCCGAAAAGGCCAUCUUUCUUACCAUUGUGAUGAAGAUGAAUUUCACUCAAACUUCUCUGGCUGGCCCACAAAUAUUGUAAACAUUGAGAUUCCUGUGGUUCGAGGAAAUGAUGCCUAUCCAUCUUUUGUGGAAAUGGCAGAGACCAACUCAUCUGGUAUGGAAUGUGGAUUCCCUACCCAGUUGUCCUUUUCGGCUCGUGAAAUCGCAGAAGGCACCUUUUUUAAAGCAAUAGAAGAGUACGACCCUGACAGCCUAAGGCUGUUAUACCAAUUACAAAAGUCAUAUCAUGAUGAUCCAGUUCUAAAUCCCCUGACACCUUGGGAAAGACCACCUUUGAAGAAUAUAUUUUGUAUCUAUGGAAUAGAUAUGAAAACAGAGGUUGGUUACUAUUUUGCACCAAGUGGCAAACCUUAUCCUGAUAAUUGGAUUAUAACUGAUGUCAUAUACGAGCUUGAAGGAUCUUUAUAUACCAGGUCAGGGAAUAUUGUUGAAGGAAAUCCUGGUGCAUCCAGUGGAGAUGAGACGGUGCCAUAUAAUUCCCUUUCUUGGUGCAAGAAUUGGUUGGGCCCGAAAGUGAAUAUAACAAGGGCUCCUCAGUCAGAGCAUGAUGGAUCAGAUGUACAAGUUGAACUCAAUGUUGAACACAUUCACGAAACCGAUAUUAUUCCCAACAUGACAAGGUCACCUCGAGUGAAGUACAUCACUUAUUAUGAAGAUGCCGAAAGUCUUCCUGGGAAGAGAACAGCUGUUUGGGAGCUUGAUAAAACAAAUCAUAGGAACAUUGUGAGAUCUUCAGUUUUGAUGCGAGAGCUUUGGCUGGAGAUGUGGCAUGAUAUUCACCCAGAUAAGAAAUAUAAUUUUGUAACAAAAGAUAAACGAGGACCUCUGAGGGAUGAAGACUGCUACUGGGAUUAUGGAAAAGCUCGGUGUGCAUGGUCUGAGCACUGUGAAUACAGGUAUGUAUUUGGAGAUGUUCAUCUUGGACAGAGCUGCAGGUUGAAAAAUGCAACUACUGAUCUGCUAUCGCAUUAUGUAUAA